UAUAUGUAAUCUCUCUGACAUUUAAUUUAUUUGAUGGCUGUCCUUUAAAUUAAGUUGCACGUUUCCAUAACUGUUCCAUAACCCAGAUGACGCUUAUUCCAAAUUUGAGGCAAAGUAAUAAAGUAUUAACACUCGAGAUGUCACAUAAAAAUGGCUGACAGAAUCUUUUCGCAGUGAGCAAUGUAUUAAUUCGAUUAUGCGUAAAAUUGUUUAUUUAAUUUCAACAAAAUAUAUUUUACUAAGUUCUUAGAAGAAGAAAAAACACCUAAACGAAAUUAUUCAAUUUAUUCUGCCCACAUUUGGAUUACUAAUAGAGAAGGUUAAUCCACGUGUAUUCUCAGUUGCCGCGCUGUGGCAGUCAUGGCAAGCGCGUGCUCGGCAGGCACGGGUCUGCAUGGCCACACCAUCAAUGGCACUGGAGGCACGUCUUCACCGAUUUGUAACCAGAGUAUGUUAAAACCCCCUCCUUACACUCCAGAAGCCACAGCAGCCUUUGCAACAGCCAUCACAUUGAUGAUUCUUUUUACAAUUGUUGGCAAUAUUCUUGUCAUCAUCGCUGUUUUAAACAGUCGCUCGCUCAGAGGACCCCAGAAUCUCUUCUUGGUCUCCCUUGCGGCUGCAGACAUUUUGGUGGCCACCCUCAUCAUCCCAUUUUCACUGGCCAAUGAACUGAUGGGCUACUGGUAUUUCCGCUCCGUAUGGUGUGAGAUUUACCUGGCGUUGGAUGUGUUGUUCUGCACUUCGUCUAUAGUACACCUGUGCGCUAUCAGUCUAGACCGCUACAUGUCUAUCUCACGUGCUGUCACGUACGGCGCACAGAGGACACCCAAACGCAUCAAAUGUGCCAUUUUGGUGGUGUGGCUGAUCUCAGCAGUCAUCUCCUUCCCACCACUACUCUCCAUGAACAAGAACAAAGGUGAUGCAGGAGGGCUGCCACAGUGUGAACUCAACAAUGAGCGCUGGUACAUCCUGUACUCUACUAUCGGUUCCUUCUUUGCUCCUUGUCUGAUUAUGAUCUUAGUCUACAUGCGGAUCUACCAGAUCGCCAAGCAGCGCACACGAUGUCCACCAGGAGAGCCCCGCAAAGAGGUCCCAGCCAAUGCGGCAACCCCUCAGCACAAGGUCCACACGGAGGGUCUACAAAACGGAAGGGGAGAUGAAACGCCCUCUACCUUGCAGAAAAAACCCAGGCCUCCGACUCUGGCUGUGUCCCAAGUGGAGUCCAUCCAGCAGGCGGCGAGCCCUCCAAUCUCCAACAAACAUCUGCAACCCCCUUUGACAACCCUGACACUGACCACGCCGUGCCCCUCCCCGUCUCCUUCGAAUUCAUCCGAAAUGGCUCCUAAUAAACCUAAAGAGGGGAAAAAGGCGAAGAAGACCAUGAAACAGCCUGACAACAAUAACGGAGAGAGCAUGAGCUCUGACUCAGACACUGAGCAAGGUGGGAGGGAGUUAGAGGUCCCUUGUACCCCGAGCAUGACACCCAGUGGCAUCCAUUCCCCGGCCACCAUCCAGAAAUACAGAGACAUGAUCGCCACCACCAAAGGUGCCAAAUUGGUGACCCGGAAGACGAAGCAGGAAGGAACGCCCAACUCCGCACGGCGCAAAGCCAUGGUGAACCGAGAGAAGCGCUUCACCUUUGUGCUGGCGGUGGUAAUUGGCGUCUUUGUCAUCUGCUGGUUCCCUUUCUUCUUCUCGUACAGCCUACAAGCUGUGUGCCCAGAGACGUGCACCCUGCCAGAGCCACUCUUUAAGUUCUUCUUCUGGAUCGGCUACUGCAACAGCUGCCUCAACCCAGUCAUCUACACCAUCUUCAACAAAGACUUCCGCAGAGCCUUCAAAAAGAUUCUCUGCAAGAACACCAAAGGCACAUUCUUCUGAAGCUCCUGAAGUGGAUCAUCUCAUCAGACAACAAACAUACGGCUAUUCAGAACACAGACUUCAGAAAAAGAUGAAAAGAAGCACAAUAACAGUGCUGUUGCGAUGUAAACGAAGGGCUUUUUGUGCUGCCCGGUGAACUGAGGGCACCAUGCUACUCAAAUGACUCUUUCUUUGUCCAGGUUACCGCCUCUGGCAUUGGAUUCCUGGUAUUUGUGCUAUAAAAUGGGGCUAAUCCAAAAAUAUUCACAGACACUGACAAAUCAAAGCUGAAAACAAAAUAAUUUACAGGGACUAUCGCACACCUGCAAGGACAAGCCACAUGGAGGUCAAUACGAAGGUUAUUGUAUUUUUUUUUUCUCAUUUCUAAGAACACCAGGCCUUGGGGAUACUGCAUACAUGGAUUUCUCUAAGGAUUUCAGAGGUACACCAUUCAGAAUCUUUACAUACAGUUUUUCCAUGCUGAUUGGUUUACCAAUGCCUACACAGCAUCAUUUCUGAGGAACAAAGACAUGAAAUGCUCCUGUGGAAAUCCUUGCCAGGGGCAAUGUGUAGGAAAGAGGUGACGCAAGUUUCUCCGAUCAAACAUUAAGGCUUCUAGUUACAGACCCCCCCUAGAGUAGGACCAUUGGGGAGUUUUUCUGGCAUUCUGUGAUGCUGAAAGGCUCUGUGAAUACAGAAUACCUGCCAUGGAUGGAAGCCUUUCUUUCUCUUUCCAUCUUGGACAGGUUGGCAGCAGGCUUUAAGAUAGCAAAAUGUUUAUUACAGGAACUUUAGAUAUGUAUUCAUAUCGAAAGUCAUUUUCAUUUUUAAUAUGAUAAGACUCUUUGCAUCAUCAAAAAUGACUUUAGACUUUGGUAACUGUGUCAGAUGACACAAACACCUCCAGAUUUCACUGGAGGUGCUCUUUCUGACUCGGUUCAGCACUUUGCUUUGUAUAAAAGAACAAAUUAUCAUUUGUUGGUGUACACUGAUCUACUGCACCCUAAAUGUCUGAGCAUUCAGCAGGGUGAUACUUUGGGACUAAGGGCUGAUAGCAGUGAUGCUUUCUAUUUCGUUGGUCAUUGUCUUUUUGCUAAUGAUCCCUGUGUGUGUGUGAGCAAAUGUUGUGAAUGGGUAUGUGUUGGGUCUGACUGCAGUGUAUGUUUGGAAAUGUAUGCUGUGUGCGAGAGGGUGUGCGAAUGUUGUUGUGCAGAGUUUUCUUUGUGUAAUGGUGUGUGAGUUCACAUCCCUCCCCUGAUUCCCCUGGCACCAGUUCAACUAUAUAUGUAUGUGCUUGAUAAAUGUGGCUGGUUCGCCAUAUCUGCCAGUGCUUAUGAUUCAGCUACUUCUCGUGCCAAUGCUUUUACAUGUUUUGCUGCUAAACUCAUUUAAUAUCUUCUUAAACCAGAGUUUAUUUCAAAAUAAUCUUUUUAUUGCAGGUCAUUUUGAACUAAUAAUUUUGAGACAGUUAGGAAAUGAGUUAGAGGAGAUGA